AUGAAGCUGUUCGCGUUUAUCGAGUUAAUCCGCGCGUCGUUGUCCGCACGCGACGUGCUCGUCUCCCUGCUCGCCCUCACCCUCGCCUGCCACGUGGCACGCGUUCCGCAAUGCGCGGACCUCUCCCACUGGCGCGUCGUCGUCAGCAGCCAGUCAAAGCUCGCGACGCUUCCGGAGCGCCUCAUGGUAGACCAAAUCAACGUCGACGCGCGACUCGAGUCGCAGGAGCCGCACGAAUCGCAGGAAGCAGUGAAGCAGUUGAAUAUAACAGGUGACAAAGUCUUGCCUGAGCAACCACAGCCGCAGAAGCAGGUGACCGUUGCGUCAACUCGAAACGCAGCUGAGCUUGAGAGUCAACCUCACGAGUCCAUGCUAAGAAUUCUCAAGAAUGGCUCAGUGUUGACUCGAGUUCAGCCGCUGGAAAACGGCGGUCGAAGAAAGCUUGCUGGCAGCAGCAGCAGCUACAAUGCAGCACCAGGACGUUCAGGCCCGGCCCGAGCCUCGCCAACAGGCUCGGGAGCUGGCUCUCCCGGACCAAGCCAGGGUCGUCGUUUCCCGUCCCUCGCGCUGUACACGGCUCCUAUCGGGUACAACACGACAAUGACGGCUUUAAAGCGCGCCGUGCUCUCGUGGCUGCGCCUCGCGCCGCCUCCCUACACGCCUCACGUGUACUUAAUAGGCUCUCACCCUCUUAACUACUCCCGGCCGCACCUGUCGCUGGUUUGGCUGGCCCGUCAAUUCCCAAGGCACGUGCACGCUAUAGGCGGAAAAGGGGAGAUGGUGGGAGGGGGAAUGCAGGGAGGAGGCGUGGAUGUGACUUAUGACGGUGUGACUAAAAUGAAUUCGUUGUUUGCUCUGGCGAUGCGGGAACAGUGGGCGGAUGUAGCGGCGGUGAUAGACCCUGACGUGGUGCUGCUGGGGGACGUGAUGGCGGCUGUAGCGCGGCUGACAUGGAUUCUCACCUCUUCUCUCUGGCGAGUGUCCUGGUUCCCCUUCGUUCUCGACAAUCUCCCUCCGGAAAUCCAGCCGGCCAAUCACAAGCCGCCAGCUGGCGUGGAUGAGGCGGGGGUGCGGAGGUUCUUGAGGCGGCAUGCUGAGCUGGACUCUGGUGGGCCGGUUGGGUUUGUGAUGUGGAGCCAGAGACAUUUCCGGGAAGCAACCUUUUCUGCAGAGACCAAAGCAGCAGCAGGCGACGUAGGAGCGUCGUCCGCAUCCAACCGGAACGGGUUGCAGGUUUCGUUGUUUUCUGAGCCGAUGCCUCCCUUCCUGUACGGGCGAGGCCCUCAGGGGUGGCAGUGGGUGCUUCGCCAGCUGGCGGUGGGAAUGGAGGGUAGGGAUGGUAAGGUGGGAGGGGUGAGUAGGGAGGGUAUGGUACAUGUGGUUGAUGGGACGGGUGCUGUGUCUGCUGUUCGCAUCGACCCUCACUAUGACUCGGUGAAAGAGGCCGAGCGGGUGAGAGGGGGUGCGGAGCAGAGUAGGGGUAUGGGUGGGGGGGAUGGGGAGAGUGGGAGGAGUGGGAGGUGGGUGGCGCUGCCAGCUGUGCAUAGUGCCACGUGGCAUGGGCAGGUGAAUGAGAUGCUGCUGCGAGGGGGAGUCGGGGACUGGGGGGAAGGACUGGGGGAAGGACGGCGGGAGGGAAGGGGGGAGGGACAGGGGACGGAAGGGGCCAUUGGGGGUAUGAGAGAGGGAGUUGGAGGGGAGGAGGAGGGGGAGGAGGGGGAAGAGAUUGCAUGGGAGUGGGAGAGGUUGGGUGGGGAGCCUACAGUGGCGCAUCUGCGAUGGCAUCUGGCCAUGUGCCAUGGGCCCGGAGGUGAACACCCCUGUCUCAUGCGUCGCAUCCGCCCUGGCAUCUGCCCCUGCGAGCACGCCCACGCCUCCCGCCGCUCCUCCCUCCCCUCCGCCCCCUUCCGUGCCGGUCCCUACUUUGCCUGCUCCCCUGAACCUCCGCCUCCCCCUCCCCGCCCUGUACUCGCUAUUAGCAUGCCUAACACCUCGCUAUCGGCAAGGGCGAAAACAAUAAGUGCAGAAAGAGGGGAAGUCAGAAGGGUGGGAGGCGAGGGACGGGAGGGAGGGGAGAGACGGGAGAGGGGGAACGGAAGGACCGAGGGGGGACAAGGCGACGAGGAGGGGGAGGUAGAGGUGGUGCGGGCACGGGGGUUAGAGGAGGUGGUGGGGGAGGUGGCGGAUGGGAACAAGGCGGUGGUGCUUGUGGCUGCCACUCACCACUAUGCCUCCAUGCUUCUCAGCUUCGCUUGCAUGUGGGUGCGUCAUUCUUUCAUGUGCUUGUCCAACCUGCUGGUAGCAGCUCUCGACCCCACCGCCUACCGCAUUGCUCUCCUGCACGGCCUCCCCGUCUUAUACGACAACACCACUGCAGCAGCAGCGUUACCAGCAGGAGCACAAGGGGCAGACGGAGCAGAGGGAGCUGAGGGGCUCGGGGCAGGCGGCUGUGCGUUCAACAGCCACUGCUUCCGGCACUACACCAAGCUCAAGAGCCGCGCCGUGCUGCGCGUGCUGCGGCUGGGCUAUGCGGUGCUGUGGAGCGAUGUGGACGUGGUGUGGUUUGACAACCCGCUGCCGCUGCUGUGGCAGUAUGGAGAGGGAGUGCUGGCGAUUCAGAGCAACGAGCCUGACCCCUCACUCCCACCCAACUCUAUCCGCCGCAUCAACAGUGGGUUCUACCUUGCUCGCCCUGACCCUCUCACCGUUGCUGCUCUCACAGCUGUGGUGAAGCAUGCGGCACACUCACGGCUGUCGGAGCAACCUUCCUUCUACGAUGUGCUGUGUGGCGAGCAUGGGGAGAGGCGGGUGGGCUCUGAUGCAUGCCAGUGGACCAAUGGCCUGCGAGUAGUCUUCCUGCCACGUCAGCAUUUUCCCAACGGGGCAGUUUACCAGCUGUGGGGGCCCAGGGAAGGAGAUGCUGGCAGUGGACAAGGGGAGGUGUUAUCUGGUGCUGAUGGCCAGGGGGAGGUGGUAUCUGCUGGGGAUGCAAGUGCGAGGGAGGAGUGUGAAAGGAGAGGGGGGCACGGCACGAGGGAGGGCGAGGAGGGGCAGGUGUGUGCCACGGUGUGCGGCGUGGUGAAGCGCAUCAACCGCCUGCUCUCCGUGCAGCCGCUCAAGACGUGGUACGUGGCACAAACAGGAGACGUGGUGGUGGGGCGGGUGACAGAGCUCGCCCCCAAGAGGUGGAAGCUGGCUGUGGGGUCGGCGCAUGAAGCACAGCUCAUGCUCUCCGCUAUCAACCUGCCGGGAGGAGCCCAGAGGCGGCGCACAGCAGUGGAUGAACUGAACAUGAGGAACAUCUAUGUGGAGGGCGACCUUGUCACGGCAGAGGUCCAGAGGGUGUUUCAUGAUGGCUCGGUGGUGUUGCACACUCGCAGCGAUAAAUAUGGCAAGUUGUCAGGGGGUCUACUCGUGCACGUCCCCCCAUACCUCGUACGCCGCCUCAAGCAACAUUUUCACAUGCUCUCGCCCUCCGGCCCGCUCCUUGUCUUUGGCUGCAAUGGCUGGCUAUGGGUGGGCCAACCGCCUCCCCCCACCUCUUCAUCCGGCCCAUCUGGAACCCAGGGUGAAGGGGCUAGCGGGGGUGUUGGUGGCGGUGCUGGUGGGAAAGGUGUGGCUGAGACGGUUGUGGGUGUGGAAGAGCGGGAGAGGAUUUGUCGAGUAGCGGCGGCGAUUCGGGCGCUAGAGAGGGGAGGUUUGGCGGUGGAUCCGCCGGCUCUGGCGCGAGUGGUGGAGUGGAGUGUUGCGAUGGGUGUUUCGGUGGCGGAGAUGGGCGAUGAGGAUUUUGUUGCGACUGUUGUGGAAAAGGAGGUGGAGAAGAGGGAGGCUGAUGCGGCGGAGGGGAGCUGA